GCUGAGAGGCCUCGGCCUGCUGUGGGGUUCCCCCGCCGCGAUGGAGUAUUUUUAAGCUUAGCUUAGUGAAGUGUAUACAUUUUGUAAAACUCGCGCUUUUCUCUUUCUCUAUUAAUACAAACCGUGGGUCGUUUAGAUUAGGCUGGCUUCGCUUACUAACAGGAGCUGCUUUCAGACAAUUUCAGACUCAACCAUGCGUAGUUAUAUUCGUCUGCGUGUGUGUGUGUGUUUGGGAAUGAAAUUUCUAGGGAUUGGCCAAACCUUUGCUAGAAAUACAUAAUUUAUUAAAACAUCCAUGCUAGACUGUACUUCCCUUUCUCUUAAUAGAAGGAUAAAUGAUAAGUGGUUUACCAUGUUUUAAAACUUGAUCUCAUUGAUUCUUUUCAGGGCUAUAGCAGUAGUUCAGGCACGCAGUCUUUGUUACUCUGAAAGGCUCAAAAUAUUCACUUCUAAUAUUUCUAAGAAAGUUUUAUGCGUAGUUUUUCCUUAAUUUCCUUCUUAACAUGCAGCAUCAUUUCUUUUAAGACUUAGAUACUGAACACUGUUGCAACAAGUACAGUACUUGAAUAGUGCAUUUGGCGGAAUACAUAAUUGGGCAGGUGGCUCUUUGCAUACAUUUUUGAUUCAAAUAGAGUGGAUUUGGACCAGGCAACUCAGAAGAGACUGGAAAUAAAACUAUAGUUCUUCAUUCUUCUGAUGUAAAAAAAGAAACAAGAUGAUAACAUACUGUAGAUAAUCGGUCAAGGGCGUUCUCUGUUGAAGUUUUUAUUUGCAGAAGAUACUGAAGGAAGUUUUUAUUAGCCAAACUGAAAUGCUGAACAAGCAACAGAACCAAAACAGCAAAAUAAUUACAAAAAAACCGCGACAUUUUGUUGGCUGAUAGCAAUGUUGUCACUACUGUAUCUUUGGAGUUUGAUUGGAGUUAAUUAUUCUCUCAAUGGAGAAAGGAGCAUAGCUUUUCCUGAAUCAACAAAUGGGCAGCCUUUUCCAUGGAACCAGUUAAGGCUUCCAGGCUCAACAGUUCCAAUCCGUUAUGACCUUCUCAUUCACCCCAACCUGACCUCAUCAGUGUUCACAGGCACUGUGAAGAUCGAAGUCACUGUAACACAGGAAACCAGAGCUGUAGUCUUGCACAGUAAACAUUUGGAAAUCACUAAAGCAUUUAUUGAACAAGAAAAUGGAAAGGGCCAAGCAGAUAUUAAACAGCUACAAGUUUUAGAAUAUCCUCCUCAUGAGCAAGUUGCCUUUCUGACUACUGAACCUCUUCAGGUGGAUAAGAACUAUUUCCUUUCAAUUAACUAUGUUGCCAGUUUUUCAGAUGGCUUCUAUGGGUUCUAUAAAAGCACCUACAAAACUAGGGAUGGUCAAACACGGUUGCUGGCUUCUACUCAUUUUGAACCAACUGCGGCCCGCACGGCAUUCCCGUGUUUUGAUGAGCCAUCCUUUAAAGCCAAUUAUACAAUAAAGAUUCGGAGGGAAGAGCAGCAUAUCGCAAUAUCUAAUAUGCCAAAGGUAAAGACCUUGCAACUAGGCAGCAAUCUGUUUGAAGAUCAUUUUGCAGAGACUGUAAAAAUGAGUACCUAUUUGGUGGCAUUCAUAAUUAGUGAUUUCCAAUCAAUCAGUGGUACAACUUCAUCAGGAAUUGUGGUAUCUGUAUAUACCAAUCCAGAGAAGCUGACUCAAGCCCACUACGCACUGGAAGUUGCUGUAAAGAUACUAGAAUUCUAUGAGCAGUAUUUUGGUAUCUCUUACCCACUUCCGAAACAAGAUCUUGUUGCUGUCCCUGACUUUCAGUCAGGAGCUAUGGAAAACUGGGGCCUGACUACCUACAGGGAGACUUCUCUGCUGUAUGAUCCAGAAGCAUCUUCGGCUUCUGACAAACUUUGGGUGACCAUGGUGAUAGGACAUGAACUGGCUCAUCAGUGGUUUGGUAAUCUAGUCACCAUGGAAUGGUGGAAUGACCUCUGGCUCAAUGAGGGGUUUGCAAGAUACAUGGAAUUCAUAUCUGUUGAUGCUACAUAUCCUGAGUUGCAAGUGAAUGACCAUUUGUUAGAUACCUGCUUUGCAGCAAUGGGAAGAGAUGCUAUGAACUCGUCACGUCCAAUAUCUUCAAGAGCAGAAAACCCAGCACAGAUUAAGGAAAUGUUUGAUACUGUUUCUUAUGACAAGGGGGCUUGUGUUCUGCAUAUGCUAAGGAACUUUCUGACUGAGGAGGUGUUUCGGAAUGGAAUAAUUCGUUACUUAAAGAAACACAGCUACAAAAAUGCAAAGAACAAGGACCUCUGGGACAGCUUGGCUAAUACUUGUUCUGAAGAGGAUUUUACUUCUGGUAAAUACUGUUACAGAAAAAGUCAGGCUACUCAAAAUGUAUAUGACUAUUACUUCAGUGAACACUUUGAUGUUGCCAAGAUAAUGGAUACCUGGACUGUGCAGAAAGGACUUCCAUUGAUUAUUGUUGAACAAAAUGGGAAGAGAAUCAAAAUAAGACAAGAACGCUUUCUGAAGGGCAUUUUCCCAGAUGAUCCUCAGUGGUCCUCGAUGCAAGCUGGGUUCCUGUGGUAUAUUCCUUUGACAUACAUCACAAGCCAUUCCAAAAAUAUUGGAAGACAUUUAAUGAAGAAUCAUUCAGAUACCAUAGAAUUGGAGGAAGGUAUCAGCUGGGUGAAAUUCAAUGUGGACAUGAAUGGUUAUUACAUAGUACACUAUGAGGGAAACGGAUGGGACAACAUUAUUAAGCUAUUGAAUGAGAAUCACACCCUCUUCAGCUACAAAGACAGAGCAAAUCUGAUCCACAAUGCUUUUCAGCUGGUCAGCGCAGGCAGACUAUCGCUAGACAGAGCCUUGGAUCUAACGCGGUAUCUCCAGCAUGAGACAAGUAACAUAGUACUUCUGAAAGGCCUGGGCUGUCUGGAAGUGAUCUAUCGCAUGAUGGAGAGAAGAAAUAUUUCUGAUGUCACAGAAAGUCUGAAGUGGUACAUUUUGCAGUAUUUUAAACCAGUGAUUGACAAGCAGACCUGGAGCGAUGAGGGCUCUGUUUCCCAAAGAAUGCUUCGUUCUGAUCUUCUGGAGCUCGCAUGUGACCUGCAAUAUCUUCCCUGUAUCCAGAAGGCAAAUGAGCUUUUCAGCAAGUGGAUGGAAAGUGGUGCAAAGAUAAGUAACAUUCCCUCUGAUGUCCUUGGAACUGUGUACUCCGUUGGAGCAAAAACAGCUGCUGGCUGGAAUUUUCUUUUGGAUAGAUAUAAAGUGUCCAUAUCUGCUGCUGAACAGAGAAAGAUCUACUCCGCUCUGGCAAGCAGUAAAGAUGUUAGUAAAUUAACAAGGUUGCUUGAACUUGGAAUGGAAGGAGAUAUAAUCAAGAUUCAAGACCUGCCUUCCGUUAUCUAUUCAGUCAGCACAAAUCCAGCUGGACAACGACUUGCAUGGGACUUUGUAAAGAAAAAUUGGAGCAGGCUACUAGAGAAAUUUCCCCUGGGAUCCUUCUCUAUUAGAAUCAUUAUAGUUGGAACAACAUCACAAUUUUCUUCAAAACAAGAACUGGAAGAGACAUGUCAAAAUGAGCUUCCAGAAGUCUACCUUCAAGAUGAAUUACUUUGAUCUGAAGAAAUGCAAUGUUCUGUUAUCUGCACAUUUUCAGAAUUCUUGCGAGCUGGUAGAUUGAUUCCAUAUGUAAUAACUCCAAAGUUUCUACAGAAAAUACCAGGUUCCUCGUUCACUAUGUAGCUGUAGAACAUCAUAAAAGAAGAAUAGAAUCAGGAAACAAACAUUCAGAUCCUGAUCCACGUAACCUUUUUUUAAAAUUCGUUUAAACCUUGGGCAUGUUUGACAGCACUUCUGUUGGGCGGUGUCUUCCUUCUCUGUCUUAAUGGAAAAGCUGGCCUUGGAAAAAAUGUUCAUCAAAACAUGGAAAUACCAUUUGUGCUGAGGUAGGUUCAAAAUCCAUAGUAGCAAUUAUCUAGACAUGAAACUGAGGGUUGUCCAGAUCAUAUGAUGGGAAAGUUCAAAGUUUCCUGGUCAAGUCUAAAGCCUUUCCAAGAAUAGAAGGAGCUGGUGGAAUUAUGGGAAUGCGGUUACUCUCAUUGGUUAAAAUAUAUGUUUGCAAAUGCCAGUAGAAAUAAUAGACUUUCACUGUUACAGACUUUUGCUGAUUUUGUUCUGGCGUCGGCAUUACUUGAAAACCGUAACAAACGGUCAGGUUUGGUCCCUGUAGCAAAAGACUUGCUGUAACAUUCAGCAGGGAUUUCUAGUCUUCAGAUCUGUCUCUUUUUUUCUAAAUUAACACCUUCCAGGGUGUUAAUGUAGAAAAGACCUUUGACAUAAAAGGGAAUGCUGCAUCAUGUAUAAGAUGAAGAGUAAUUUUGGCAUCAAAGUGCUUGCUUAAAAAACUUUAAAUGUUUGAGUAUCUUACAGAAAACCAAGGGGAUUUGAACUAUUGCUAGUGUUUUGAUUUGUACCUAAUUCAAACUGUUAGACUGGAUUCCUCGUUUCCUCACAUUUCCUCUGACCCUAGCACAUGUUAUUAGACUCUGAAUUUUAAUUUAGUAUUUCUGUGCUAUAAAUAUUUAACAUUAACGAAUCAUUCUCUAGUAACCUCUUGUCUUUGAAUCUUUCGUACCUUCCAGAUACACUAGUUUGUUUCAACAGAGUUUCCAGAUACAGAGUUUGUUUUCAAACAUUUUAUCUGUGUCUUUAAAAACUAGAACCUUUGCUAAUGUAAGACUAAGAUUUCACAUAAGCCCGUGAUUCUGGAAAGCAUGCUUUUAAAUAAUACUAGAUUAGUGUUGUUAAGUCAUGAUAGUUUGUUAAUUUCUCGUCCUGUACUGUAUUUCUAAGCCUCCAUUCUUUCUUUUUUUUUUUUUCUGUGAAAUCUGGAAGGGUCAAGGAUUCUCUGGAAGAAUUAUACAAUUGUUUGACUUAAACAUCUUAAAUUAGGAACAAAGCUUGUAUUUAAAAAAAACUCCUUAAUUCCAGCACAGUUUUGAUAGCUUUUUUUCAGGUCAUGUGGUAUUUCAUCUUUUUAUCAGUUGAUGAGACCUGUGAGUUCAGAUUCAGUUUUUAAGCAGAAAAAAUAUAUUGAAGUAAGGUAAAUGAAGGACUGAUCUUAGAACAUAAUUUCCGGAAGGAUAGGAACUGAAAUGACAGUAGAUAAGGUUUAGAAUGGAGUUUUCCCAAGUCAUUUUCAGAUGUGGAGACAAAACUGUGCAGUGCAGUAAAACCGAAAAGGGAGAAAGAGGUAGCUUGAAGAGAUGCAGCAGUAUAAAUACAAAGAACAGGGGCAGUCUUUAUUCAGGUUUUUACCUGAAAUGAUGUCAGAUGAAGAACUUAUUUUCAGUGGCCCUGUUUAAUGCCCACAUCAAGUAUGGAGCUAGCCUGCAAAUGGGAUCAUAAAUAUUAAAGCUGAUGAUGUGUGAUACUAGCUUGAUGAGAAAUAAAUCAUCCACCCUUGGCAAAUUAUCUAUCUUCCACAGAAAAUACCUUUCCUUUAAUGUUUUAGGUUUUAAUUUCCUUCUUGGAAGUCUCAGAACAUCUGAAAAGAUUUUUUUUUUUGUUCUCUGUUUCUAAGUCCCUCACUCAAAGUCAUACAAAAUGAGUCAUUCUAUGGUAAAACCCCUUGCGCAUAGCACUUUACAAAGCUGCUACUCAUGGUGUAUUUUAUAUAAGGAGUUGUAAUGUUAAGUUGAUGGUAUAUUGACAAAUUACAGUUGAAUGUAGAAGACUAAUUGGAAUUCAUAGGUCUGAAGGUGAAGAUUUGUGGGGAGAAAAUGAGGGAGGAAAAUAAAACUUCUUUGAGUUUCUUGUGCUAAGUAGCUCCUUGUAGGACGUUAUACCGCAUGCAGUAGUACCACUAAACUAGUAGAAUCACAAAAUUGUAGAAUAAUUGAGAUAGGAAGGGACCACAGAAGGUCUGUAGCCAAACCCCCUGCUAAAAGCAGAGUCAGCUCUGAUACCAGACCGGGUUACUUAAGGCUUUAUCUCGGCCAGUGUUGAAACCCUCCAGUGCUGGAGAUUGUUCAACCUCUAUGGGUUCCAGUGCUUGCCUAUACUAACAGUGAAAAAGGUUUUCCUUGUUAGUGUGUUAGUCCUGACGUUAUUUAUAUGCCUUAAUAUCUGAUAUACUUUAAGGUCCUGUGUAACGCAGUAUAAGCCCUUCUGUAGUGUCGUAGUGCACGACAAAACAUGGAUACGUUUCUGGAGUACAAGAUUGUGCCGCAAGCAAGAAAAGGUAUAUUGCUAACAUCUGCUUCCAGCAGCAGAAGCACAAAUAGGUUCACAGAUAGGUUUACAAAUAGCUUCUAGCAGAAGUGAAAACGAGCCUUUAGAUUUGCUAGGUCCCAGUCCACUGUCUUUAUCCAGGGGUUGUAAGUGGCAUAAAACAGGAGUGGAGAUAGAAUCAUUUAACAGACCUCCUUCUUACCUGCAACAUGUUUCUAAAGCAAAAAAAAACAAACCCAAAAAAACGAACAGAAAAGGCAAAGUAAAUAUGUGGUCUGGACAACAGGAAAGUGUUUCGGCAGCACAUGGCAGGGAAUUCAUUUUUCAUUGUUCUUUGAACCAUGUAUAAUAUUUGCAAAAACUCAGAUGUGCUUUAUGUUAGGAGUAAUGUUUUCUAUGUAAAUAUAGUGAUUGCUAAAUUUUGGUUAAUACCUUUAUUAUUUAAGAUUUUGCUUUUUAGUGUUUUGGCAACUUUUUUAACAUGGGAUGGUGGAAUGACAUUUGGCUAAAUGAGGGGUUUGCCAGAUUUCAUGGAGCUGGUUUCUCUUAAAAGCUACCUACUCAGAACUGCAAGUUUUAAGUCAGAUAGCUAUCGCAAAAACCUUUGUGCAAUGUAACGAAGAAGUUGAGAUUAUCUAAAAGUGAAGUAAACUUUAAUGUUCAAAAAAGUUGAUAGUGUCUAUCAUGUGAUAAGUGUAUUUCUGAUCUACUUCAGUUUUGUAGUAAAAAAAAAAAAUCUUUUACCCUGUUUUUUUCCUUGUAUUUCUGUUUCUUAGAUCUCAGCUAUUUGAUAUUUAAAAAAAAAAAACAACCUAGUAACGGGUAAGGAUUUUGAUAUGCAGUGAGGCUUUUAGCAGUUAUGCUUACUUUCUAGCUCUUGAAUCUUUUUGGAAAAGUAGUAUACUUCCUGUUAGAACUUACUUAUUUGUUCUCCAUUCACAGAUGAAUGUAUUCUGAAAUUUCAAAAUAUAUUCCAGCUUGUCCAUGCUAUACUUUAGAUCAUGUAAGACAUACAGCUCCUGUAUUCUAUUCCAGCUAAAGGAGAAUAGUUUUCAAUAUUAGAUUACAUACUGUGUUGUAAAAUGUACGUGUGCAUGGGAAGAAUUUAGAUAACUGCUGAUUCUGCCUUGGAGCUUGAUGACCUUCCAAGAUUCCUUAUAGUCUGUUCUGCUGUGGUUAAAGUAACUUUGGAAAUGUUUUGUUACCCUUAGAAGUUAUCUUAGGUCUGAUCUGAAAAAGUCAGCACUUGACGUAUCUUCAGUAUAGCAAAUAACCAAAUUUGCACUAUGAUCAUUAUCUCAUUUACAGAUUUGGGAUGCUGGGUGAUGUCACUAAUGUUAGGCUGAUCCUUCUCAAAGAAAGGUUUAAGGGCUGUUUAUUCUCCUGCAAAAUUGGUAGAUGUUUAAUUUUUCCCAGCAUGAUGAAAAUAAGGUAUAAAUUAAAGGUAACAUGGUAGCAAUCUAUUUGGUAGAUGUCUCGUAACUGUGUGUGGCAAAAGGUUGGCAACAAGUUUUAUUUUUGUCCCAUGGUUUGUUUGCUUGCAUCUGUAUCCAGCUGAAUCCAUGUCACUGCUAUAGGAGAUAAUUAACUGUGUAGCGCACAGGAUAACUACUUCUUAAAUGGAUGUUUGGUGCAAUGGAGAGAUACCUUAAAUUCAUCUUGUCCUUUCUCAAGUCCAGCAGAAACUUCUGUCUGUAUGACUGAAACAUUUGGUACUUUACCAUAGAAUAAACUGUAUAGCAAUCCAUGAGAACUCAGCAGUACACAAAGGUCCUAUGUAAUCUAAUUCCUUGGCGUUCUCAACAACCUCAGAGUUAUUUGCUUGCAUACAGACCGUAGUAUUCUGGCAUCGUGACCCCUGGUCUCCUGUGGACAACUUAAUGAUUAUAGUUCACUUGACUGACACCCCUGGCUUGUACCAUGUAGGACUUCCAUACCGGUGGAAAGUAACAUUUGUGAAAUUCUGGUUGCUAGGUGUUACUUGAAUAUAUGAGCAUGUUCUUAGAGUUCUCAAGCAACGUUUUUAUGCCUCAGAAUCCUUCCCUCCUUGCCACUGCAUGUUUCUUGAUGGUUUCUAAGAAUACCAUCAAAUUGAUUUGUCAUGCUUUUCUACUAGAAAAUUACAUGAUAGUUCCAUCAACUUACCUUACUCAAAACAACAGAAUAGAUAAGUUUUCCUUACUUCAUAUGAAACAGCAUUAGUAUUAUCCGCAAGAUGCUUAUACCUGGAUCCUCUGACCUUUUCUUACCUGUAUCUGACUGUCAUGAGGAACUGAUAGAAUGCUAUUGUGUAUUUGUGUGAGAAAACAUUGAUUUACAUUGCUUGUCAACUCUAAAAUCUGUUUAAAUUAGUAACUUUGCCAAGACUGUUUAGCACAGGAAGUAGUUUGUUAAUAUUUACAAAGUGUUCUUGAAUCCCGAAAUGAAACUUCCUACAUGCAAAGUUUAGUAUGAAUUAUUUUUGCAAUGCAGUCUUAACUAUAGAGCAUCAUCAUAGCAUCUUUCUGAAGAAAUAUGAGAAGAAUAAUUUUUGUGCCUGGUAUUAUGAAUGACUGUUCCUUUUGCUUAAAAAAAAAAGCCCUUAACUGAGUCACUGAGUAUGGCAGUGCUAAAUUUUUGGUUUUUAAUAACUUUCAGCUGUAUAUAGCUUUGUUUUUCAGAUCCGUCAUAAAGCACAAGAUUAAAGAAUGGGACUGUAAUUAAUAUAUAUAUACAUAUACAUAGAGUAGUAUUUCUAUUUCUUUGCAAAGUGCUGGAAAGCCUUGGCGUUAUGUAACAACA